AUGGUUCUUACAAGACAGAAUUAUAAAGAACUGGGGAUCCCUCUAGCUCAAGCACAAGCUGUUGAACCCCCUGCCCCAAAGAAAAAGCAGGCAAAAAUUCCAUAUUAUUUUAAACCAAAAGCAGAGGAAGUGAAAAGAAAUAAAAACAUAGAGAGCCUGCAUCCGCACGAAUGGUCUGUCGACCGUAUCUCGUUCAGAAGGGGCAUGGAAGCAGAGGGAGGAGGAGGAAAAGGAGUUGACCUGGCAACCGAGUUGGCACAGGCAACUACAGAAAGUACAGCCCUUGAGGCCCGACCAGAACAGGAGCCUCAGCUGGGAGACCCAGAAACCAAGUCAGAAGAAUCCACCCAUCAACCUAUGCUUAGAGGAAAGGGGGGGUCCCCUGCCCCGACCGAGGUGGAGGAGUGGCUAAACGACACAAGAGCUCGACAUCCAGACCUGGGCAGCUAUAAUUACAUAAUGACAGGGCUGUACAAAGAUCUGUUGGAAGAACAUCAAACUCAGCUAAUUAAAGAACUGGGGCCUAUUAAAAACUUUCUUUCAGAAUGUUUGGGUUUGCUCACCUCCCUGAUUGAACUAAUCAGGAGGAAAGAGGAUUGCCACUUUCACAAAGAAGCCAUCAACAAGCCAAAUGGAAAUAAAACCCAGUCCAACACCAAAGAAAGGAAAACAAGCAGAGCCAAACUAGCCCAAGGAAAAGUACUGGCCACUAGGAAACCUUCCUUAAAGGGAAAGAGCCCAAUGCAUAAGAAGAAGCCGAAGAAUGUGAAAAUGGGUCGAAAGGCUAAGCUGCCCUCUCGGACUGGGAAAGUGAAUUUCUCAAAGUUAUUCAAGAUUCUGGAGAACUCAAGCACAAAGAACCCCAACAAAACAACGCCAAAUAAGAGCCAAAGCCCAAACAUUUUAAAUAUACAUCAGGUGGCUAGCCCUCCAAGGCUAGCAAAACAAUCGCUGCCCUCUAGUGGAAAAUUAAAGGAAACUCCAGAUCCAAAGCAAGAAACUCCCCAGAAGGGAGUACAAAAGAGCCAGAACUUAAUUUUAAUUAAACAUAAAUUAGUCCUCCUCCCUCUCUUCAAGCAUGGAGGCCUUUCCACGCUUGCACAACAGAGAAUUUAUCUACUUAAGAAAAUUGACUUAGUCAUCAGAGGCCUUAUACCAGCAGGAAAUAUUGUCAGCGUUAAAUUUCUUCCUUUUGAUAUGGCCCAAAACAGAGUUGUGGUGACCUUUAAGGACUGGUCGGUAACUAAACAAAUCAUGGACAAGAGGGACAGGCUCCAGAGGGCUGGCCUGUUGGUGACCCGCCUUUUUGAAGAGUCCGGCGUUCCACCAUCCCUCUUAGGAACACGUAAGCCUACUAGUCUGCGCACAGAAUUGGAAAUGGCUUCUGAAAACUGCAAACAAGGUCAACCGGAGGCAGUCAAAAUUUCCAAACAGAAGGCUAAGCUCCAAAAAACUUUACUCCCUUCCAAUGAACCCAAAAAAGAUAUCUUAAAUGAAAAGGAGAUGCUCUUUCUAGCCUCCCUUGAGCAAAUUCAACAGUCCCAGGAUGCGUUAAUAGCUAGGUUACAAACCAUUAAAAAAUCCUUACUCCGCCAAGGUUUUUCUGCUCCUUUGGAAUUUAAUUUUGCUACUAACACAACAAAGCCCUUAUCCAACGAAGACUGGACGCAGUGCCGGUUCCUGUCCCCCGAAGAAGUGGGUUCUCCCACACAACCCUUAACACCUCAAACAACAACACACCAGGUAGACCUUGCCAUGCCGAUGAGUAGGAACGGUUCAAUCUUUGUGGAUGCCUCAGGAUCCUUAGAUGGCAUUCAGGUGGAGGAUUGA